AUGGUGCGCGUGCCCGGAUCUUCUGAGGCCUCUGGAUUUCACCGUGAGUCCACUGGCGAAGAUGUCAAGAUUAAGCAAGAACCUGGGAUUGAAGUGUCAGCGACAAAGGGAUCGACGCAGACACGCAGAAGCACAAGAUCCUCAGAUCAUCAGAGUUUUGUGAGGGGCUCUGAUGAAAUGAAAAUGAAAGAGGAAGAUCGAGAGAUCGAUCUGGAAAAUAAACCUCAAUUCCCUUCUAGGGUCCCUUCGGGGUCCACCGCAGAUCGCUCUGCAAAGAGCGAUCUGCUGGAUGAAAUUCCAAUGGUGAAAACCAAAUCGGCGAAAGCCAAACCCUAUAUCUUAGUCGAUAGAUCGCCCGACCUCAAGCCGAAGAGCACAAUCGCGAGAUCUACCACAUCAGAACGAUCCGCGACGAGAUCGAUGGGAUCAGAUGUCAAAGAUCGCCAGAUCGGCCGAACCGUGCAAUCGAAGAUCGGAGCCAAAGAGGAAUACGAUGAAACACCAGAUAAGAUCGCGAUGCCAAAGACGGAAUAUAACCCAAUAAAGAUCGCGUCCAUGGAGAAGGAGACGACGGGUGAAGCGCGGGAGCGUGCAAAAUGGCAGUACUAUUAUGGCCAGUUGAAGACGCUGCUCAAGACGGACCCAGUGUUCAAGAUAUUAAGGCCCAAGGUGAUUGGUCCUCUGGAUAAGCCGAUCUCGGUCCCACUUCACGGGACCAACAAAGUCGACGAGAUCAAUCUUGAACAGUUGAAGGACGCGGCAAAUGAGUUUGUAGAGAUCAUGAUAAUGCUGGUGGGCAAAGCAAAUACUCCUGAAGACAAGAUCGGGACGCCCUCGGGCUCGCUCUGUAAACACCCCGCGGGAUCGCCCCGCUACGCCUCGGAUGACUCCGAGAGCGAGUCAGAUGGAUCCAUCAGCAUUCGUCAGAUGUCUCUAAGACCAUCGGGUGGAAGGUUCUUAAAGGACAAGAUCUGA